ACCAAGAAGCUCCACACGGACCCUUUUACAAAUCGGACCAAGUAAUUUUGCCCCUGUGCCCUCUUUACUGGUUAUCUGUAGGAGCAGGCGAGAUGCGGGGUCCAGUGCGCUGGGUGCUGUGGGACGUGAAGGACACGCUGCUCAAGGUGCGCCGCUCGGUCGGGGAACAGUACUGCAGCGAGGCGUCGCGUCUCAGUCUGGAGCUGCCGCCCUCACAAGUGGAAGCCGCCUUCAAGCAGGCGUACCGCCGCCAGGCCAAACUCUACCCCAAUUACGGCAUCGCACAGGGCCUGGGCGGGCACCGCUGGUGGGUGGCUGUCGUGAAGGACACUUUCCGCCAGUGUGGAGUGCAGGACUCGGCCAUGUUGGAUAAGCUCUCCUUCAACCUGUACCAUAACUUCAAAAAUGCAGAGAACUGGGAGGUGUUUCCAGACUCGGCUCGUACACUACAGAGCUGCACCGCCAUGGGCCUGAAGCUCGGCGUGGUGUCCAAUUUUGACCACCGUCUGGAGGGCAUCUUGCACGGCUGUGGGCUUCUUUCCCACUUCAGCUUCCUGCUGACCGCGGAAGGGGCCAAGGUGGCCAAGCCUGACGCCGGCAUCUUCCACCAGGCCCUGCAACGCUGCGGGGACCCGGCCUCCAGCGUGGCUCACGUCGGGGACCACUACGUCAACGACUACCUCACUGCACGCUCGCUGGGCAUGCGUGGGUAUCUGCUGGACAGGGGUAGUGGCACACAGCACCCAGAUGUUCCACCUCACCACAGGCUCAGCAGCCUAGACGAGCUGCCAGCCUUGCUAGAGAAAAUCGCAGAGCGGUAGCCUAUUAUAGGUUCAUUUUUAUCCAGGACUGGACAGUCACUGUGCUAUGAAGUGAUUUAUAAGGCCCAUAAUUUUUGCACUGGUUUUCAAUUAUGCACCUUUUUACCUCAAUGACUGAUUGAGGUAUAGAUGAGACAAUGACACUCAGAUGUAAUUUAUAGCUAAUGAUAUAUAUAUGCUAAAACCGCUCAUUUAUCUUUAUCUCUAGCUUGUCAGAUUUCAAGAGAAUGAGUUUUGGAUGGUUUUACACAUAGGUAAUCAUGUGCCCUGGUAGCCUAGGGGCCAGCCUGAAUUUAACCCACCCACACAGUAUGAGUUCGGGACAUUUUUUGAUAAGAAUUUGAGGCUAUAGUUCCCUGGAAAUGUUGCUGUAGGACCAGAGGUUAUUUUCUGCUGAUGAAAUGGUAGAUGUUUAGUAGAUAAUGUGCCUGCCAGUAUGUAUGCUGGCAUUAUUAUACCUUUGUGGUGCAAAUCUACCUUUGUGAAAAUGUACUCAUUGUGUUCUAGUGUAAUCUACUAGUCAACGGUACCAUGUGGUCCAUGAGAACAGAUGAGCUGCUGUUGCAGUUUCUUGUUUAUCCACAGGAUGGUGUGAAUUGCCUUUCCUUCAACAGCUUCUACUAGUCUCUGAAAAAUACUGUUUGUAUGUGAAUACUUUUUACAAUUCUAAUAUUGUUUCAUUAAUUUCUUGUGAGAGUAUCCUGAUUAAUUGUGCAGUUCGUCAGUCUUUUAGGGAAAUAAUGACACUUCCUUACAAAUCCUUUUAUAUCAGUAUUUUUGAUUAAUCAGCUGACAAUAGAGUAAUAAAAAGGUACUACAUCAUUAUUUUAAUAAAUGCCAUUGUAAUGACUUCCCUUUGGGUGUAUCUUACAGUCAGGAAGCUCUACUGUGAUUCCCUCUUAACCCAUCUGAGAACCAAUCAGCAUUAUCCUCCCACACACCAUCACUGUGACAGCUGCAGCUUACUACAGGGUGAAUUCCCUUCUAGACUGGCUUGAUCCUUAGCACCACCUGGUUCACUGUGUUUUGAGCACAGGGUUCCUUGUUAUUUUCUCUACGUCAUUUUAUUUUUUUUCACUAGCAGCAAGCUUUGACAUCAGUGGCAUUUUAAGCAAACCUAGUCUGGUGGUGUCAAACACAAAUAAAGCUCAACAUUUUUAUCAGUUUUAUAACCAAAUUGAAGUAGUCUAUUACACACACUACCCAACAUAAGCAUUUUCUCCAGUUCAUUUAAGCGAGAGUACACAGGUUGUUUUAUACAUUUUUGUUUGUUAUUGAAUGCACUAGUGCGGUGCCUGUAUAAAACGUGCCCACAGGCAGCAAUGCAUCUGGCACUAGUUGCCGUGUCGGAGAGGUCAAGAUCUGUUAAAUGUUUCCCUGGCUACAAAACUUCCAGUUUAUGGAGUACAAUUCUAAAGCACUCUAAAGCACAGCUCAGUUAUAGCAAAAUACUAACUAACAAUUGUCUCCCAUUAAAAUUACUCUG